AUGAUCGACAAUAUUUUUAUUUUGCUGGUCUCAGGAAGCAUCAGAUCAUCAUGCAUACACAACCCUUUGAGUGAGAAAUGCACACAUCACAUCGCUACUAAACCAGCCCAUCUUAGCCCAAUAAGCAUUACAGCAAUGGUUACCAGUUGCAAAAUUGUGAGUUCCAAUCUGAUGGCAACUAUUGGAUCCAAAUACGCCAAAACAAAAGUUAGGGUUGUGCACCUUCAACCUCUCCAGAUCAGAGGAGGUAUCAACCUUCUAGAGGAGAUUUUGUGCCACCCUAAAAUCUCAAUACAUUUUUUAAGUUUAUACAUAUCAGAUAAAUGA